UGGCGGAGGCAGUGUUGACGGAAGUGCGGACAUGGCGCACGGGCACAGUCAUGGUGGCGGCUGUUCUUGCGGUGCUGAACGGAGCGAUGCCCCUGAGAGAGGCCUGGAAUACGGGCUCUUCCGAAAAAUCGACCUCGAUAAACUGGAAUGUUUAAAUGAGAAGAGUGAGGGCAGCGGGAAGAGCGUAUUCCGAGCGUGGGAGGAUCGCGGAGACCGGAGCCGGUUUGUGGAGAGUGAUGAUGAUGAGGAGCUGCUGUUUAACAUCCCGUUCACUGGAAAUGUUAAGUUGAAAGGUAUCAUCUUAAUAGGAGAAGACAGUACUGCUCACCCUGCAGAGAUGAGAUUAUUUAAAAACAUUCCUCACAUGAGCUUUGAUGAUGCUGGACGAGAAGCAGAUCAAGUAUUUAGUUUGAAUAUUGAUGUGACUGGUGACUUGGAGUAUCAAACAAAAAUAUCUCGCUUUUCAAGUGUGUCCCAUCUAUCCAUUCAUAUCUCCAAGAACUUUGGUGCUGAGAAUACAAAGAUUUUCUAUAUUGGCCUUAGGGGAGAAUGGACAGAGACUUAUCGCCAUGAAGUGACUAUAUGUAACUAUGAAGCUUCUGCAAAUCCAGCAGAUCAUAAAAUAUCACAGAUCACACCACAGACGCACUUUAUUUCAUAGAGGAAUAAGUAACCUUCAAACCUAUGGUUAUAGCGCAACAACCAUGUCUUCCUCUGAUGAGACUGACUGUCUUCUUCUGCGCUUCAUAGAAUUGAUCAUUGUUAAAUAAAUAUUGUUUCAAUUUAAA